AUGUCCGAAGAACAGCAACAUAUAAUCCCAGAUAAUGUUUCAGAGAGCGGCUUGUCUGUCCAUGCCCCUGCCCCUGCUGCCGGUUCGUUGAACUCAUUUUCUGCCGCCGCCGCCACUACCACCUUAUCCACCGAAGAUCAAGAAUUGGAGCGUAUGAAGUCGCAAAUAGAAGCAAUGGAAAAAGAGUCUGCCAAAUUGGUCGAAAUGCAAAGUCAAUUGGAGAAAAACUCGCUAGUGUCACAGGAAGAUAAGGCUGACAUUGAUGCCCGCAGUGUGUACGUUGGGAAUGUCGAUUAUGGUGCCACUCCCGAAGAAUUGAAGCAACAUUUCCAAGCUUCCGGCGCCAGUCCAAUCAAUCGUGUGACAAUUUUGUUGGACAAGAUCUCCGGUCAUCCUAAAGGGUUUGCUUAUAUCGAGUUCUCCGACCCUACCUUGGUCAAUGAAGGUUUGAAGUUGAAUGAAAGCAUCUUUAGAAGUAGACAGUUGAAAGUGACCAGAAAGCGUACUAAUAUUCCAGGUCUUAACCGUGGAAGAGGGCGUGGUAGAGGUAGAGGUUUCAGAGGCAGAGGUUUCAGAGGGGGUUACAGAGGUAGAGGAGGAUUCAAUCCUUAUUAG